GUGCGAUGCUGAAUAAAAAGAGGUAUGCUUGUUUUUUUUCUUUCUUAUCAGGGAGCUUGAAGAGAAAAAUUUGUCAAGAUGUCGCAGGGCGGCGGCGCAUCGGGUGGUCCCAAAAAGGGUCUGACGCUCGAUGACCUCAUUGCGGCCAUUGACCGGCAUGAAAGGAACCCGAGCAAUAUCCCUAAAGUCGAUAACUUCCACUUUUGUGGGGAGAGGGUUUCAGAAUGGCUGGUGCGGGUGGAACAAGCUUUGGUCGGGCGGUCGGACGUUGUAAAGUUCCAACGCAUUCUUCAGUAUGUCCUCCACAGCUACCACGAGGAAGUGAAGAAAGUCAUAGAUGUGGCCCAAGGUAGCUGGGAGAGGUUCAAGGAGGGGAUGCAAAGGAAAUACCGCCUGGGAGACGGGCUAUUGACUAUCGCGGACCUUGAGGCGAUGAACAAAGAGGAUUUUACGAUGAUAGGGGCCUUUGUUCAAGAAUUUAAGAAGAGGGCGCGGAAGGUCCAUGGGAUUUUGGAGGAAGCACAGUGCGCCAUUUUCCUAGGGUUGCUCACGGCAUCGGAGGGCGUCGAGUUGACGAGACAUGGAAAGGGUAGCACCAAGCUCACCUGGGCCACCAUUGACAGAGGGGUGGAAGUUGGGUGUUUGGAGCAGGUGGAGCAACGUCAGGUACGCCUGCAAAGACAGAAGAGAAAGGAAAGAGAUGCGACUGCUUCUGGGACCCCGAGGGUAACAAGGAUCGUUACAGACGUAUUGGCACAGCUGGGGUAUGAGACAGAGCCGGUGGUGCAAAGGAGGGUAGUAACGGCUGUCCAAAUGAAAGGAACGGAGUCGGUGAUAGAGGAGGCUGCUCAGGAGGAGCUCUGGGAAGAGGAAGAGCCGGUGCCGCAGCGCCUGACGAAGGUCCAACGCAAAGGCAAUCAAGGCAACGGAGGGAGGGGUGGAGGAAGGGGGCAAGGCAGGAAUGGCGGCGGAAGGGGAAGGCAAUGGAAUGGUCAAGGUCUGGGGUACCAAGGUCAUGGAAAUCAAGGUCAGGGGUACCAAGGCCAAGGGAAUGAAGGCCAGGGGUACCAAGGCCAGGGGUACCAAGGCCAAGGGUACCAAGGCCAAGGGUAUCAAGGCCAGGGGGAUCAGGGAAGUCAAGGGUAUGGAAGACCCCGUUUUGACUGGAGGACAACCAUCUGCCAACAUUGUGACCAACAAGGCCACACUAUAAGGUUCUGCAAUAUAAGACGGGAAGACGAGAGAAGCGGGCUGAUUUCCUCCACUAUGGAUGGGAACAUCUACGAUCAGUUUGGGGAGGUCAUUGAUAGAAGGCUUGGAAGAGUGAGGGCGGAAGCCCAACGAAGGGCGGCAGCUGGGCCGCCACCCUCUGCCAUGUUCAGGCUAUGGCAGGAGAAGAAAGGACCGUCGGUGGGGAUAGAGGAAUUCAGGUUAUGGCAGGAAAAGGAAGAACCACCGAUUGGGGKAGAGGAAGUGRGAAGCGAUGAGGAAGUGACUCAAGGGCCACGAGGAGGAAGUAAGGGGGAAGAACCCAUAAUCAUUGAGUCAGAUGACGAGAAUGAGGAAGAAAGGAUGGAACCUUCGUCCGUAUUGUUGGGGAAAAUGGAGGAUCUGCUGGAUAAGAUGGGGAGGUACCAACAUAAGUUGGUAGGCCUCUGUGAGGAAGUGAGGAAGUGGAAGUCUGACAUCCCCAAGGUGUUCCUCUACGACUCUGGUUCGGACGCCAACCAAGAGCCUCCAAGGAGGGAGCUGGAGCCAGGAAAAAGAAAGGAGGUUGUGGAAGUGGAGGAUGACAACAAUGAGGAGGAAAAGGACGAGAGGCUGCGCAGGGAGGAGGAUCAGAGAGCGGAGCAGCGGGCAAGGAAAAAGGGAGUCAGGGGAGAGGUCGAGCCGGUCGUGCGCGACGGACCGCCCAAAAGGAAGAAGUAUGCGGUUCGGUUGGAGGAGGGGUUUGACGUGGAGAAAGUGAUCGACCGACUGCUAGAAGGGCACAAUGACCUCAUGACUCUGAAGGAAAUCCUAGCGUCGGCCCCGCAACUCCGCGAUGAACUGAAGGGGAGAUUGUUGCGGCGUCUGGUGUCCAAUGUCCAUCUGGGUACGAUCCUGCCCAAGGUGGCAGAGUGGGCGGAGUCAGAUACGAAGAUGGACUGGAAGUGCGUAGCCUGCGGCACGGUGGAUUUGGUGGUGAAGGGUUCCAAGUGCGCAGCAAUGGUGGACACCGGGGCAGAGAUGAACAUUAUUCAGGAGGCGGAUGCGAUCAGAUUCGGGCUGGAUAUAGACCGUUCCGACUGCGGUAUUCUGCACGGAGCCAGCUGCAAGGCCGUAUUUUGUGGGACAGCCUCGAACGUACUCAUCGAGGUUGGAAAGGUGAAGGCCCGGGCUUGCUUCUUCAUCAUGCCGGACGUGGAUCACGGAAUCCUCCUAGGGAGGUCAUUCCUAAGCAGGAUAGAGACCUUGAUAUUCAAUAAGCAUGACGGGACGUUAAUCCUCCUCUUAUGCGACCCUGCGUGUGGGAAUUACGAAAUAAUUACCUGCAGGAACACAGGACCGAGGAGUAUAAGGAACCGGCCCAAUCCAGGAUCCUUCACGAUUGAAGAAUCGAAAAGUGAGCGUCGGAGGUUCCGGGCAGAGCCAGAAGGAGAAGAGAAAGUGGGGGCAUUUUCCCUCAGCUUGUCAGAUGUUGGCAGGGCUAUGGACUUGGUAGUCGCGCAUGAAAUGGCAGAUCCGGAUGCCAUCCAAGCUUUGAGGGAGCAAGUUAUUGCAUGCCCCGAGGCAGGAAGGUUGGAACUGGUAUAUCGGUUUUCGGGCGGCGGGAGCCGCAUUAGCGCAGGCGCAAUCUGGAAUGUGGACGAAGUGCCCGAGAGCCAGGACGACAAGUUCGAGGAGGGGGAGAUUAAGGAGGUUUUUCGUGCAGAGGAGUAUGACGGGAUCUACCUAGAGCAGAGGCUUCUUCUGUCAUGUGAAAUGCGGCUAAGGGAUGCAAGCGAUAGGGCUCAGAGGAUGCUGCAGCGCUAUUUAGUGCGAGACGGCCACCUUUUCGUGAGAAGAGAAGUGGGGAAUCCCAGGAGAGUCGUCUGUGGUAGGAAUCGUCAGAUCGACGUCGUAGCAGCACUUCAUGAUGGCAUUGCAGGAGGGCAUCGAGGGGUACAAGCCACGUAUGCCAAGAUAAGUGAGUUGUACUACUGGGAUGGGAUGAUGGACAUGGUCGGGAAGUUCUGCCGAUCUUGCGUACCCUGCCAGGAGAGAUCCCGUUUAAAGCAAGGAGAGUCGUUGCAUCCAAGGCUAGAGCGAAAGGUGGGGGCUGUAGUGCAUCUCGAUCUACUUUUUAUGCCGCUUGGGGAUCAGGGCUAUAACUAUAUCUUCGAUGCGUGCGAUAACCUGUCCGGCUUCGUAGACGGGCGUGCUAUUCACACAAAGACCGGGUCAAUCCUGGUAAGCUGCAUCGAGGAGUAUUAUCUACGGUAUCCUUUCGUCAGGGAAUUCAUAAUGGACAGGGGAUCGGAGUUUACCUGCAAGGAGGUGCAAGAAUUGUUAUCAAGGUCUGACUUUACAAAGACAGCCAUGCCAAGAGGAAGGAAGGGGACACGGCCGCCUAAGAGGCCGUUGGGCGCAUCAGGGGGAUAUGAGCGGCAUGGUCCUCGCCAUCGAGAGAGCACUCCAGAGUACGACAGUGGCGAUAUCGAGUUAUUCCUAGACACCUUCUGGGAGCAUGCGCGGCGUAUGGGUUGGACUGUGACCCAGGGGAUUGAGAGGCUGAGGGGAGUCGGCAGAUUCGAGGAGCCCGUUGCACUGAUCCGUAGAGAGGCGAUGACAAGAUCAGAGGUGGAGUUGAGGAUGCAGGAGUUGUGACCCUCGCAUGUGGGACCUGAUGGCAGGUCUAUCCGCCUGGAGAUUGGAAAUGCGUCGGACUUCAUCCCCGCGUU